AUGAGUCGACGCUUUAGCUCCAAGUCCGCGUACCGUUGCGGCGGUGGAGGAGGGGGCUUCAGCUCUGGCUCUGCGGGGGUGGUCAGCUACCAGCGCAGGUCCACCAGCAGUUCUGUGCGCCGCAGCGGGGGAGGCGGUGGGAGAUUUUCUGGUGGAGUGUGUGGCGGUGGUGCUGGUGGUGGUUUUGGAAGUCGGAGUCUUGUUAACCUUGGUGGCAGCAAAAGCAUCUCCAUUAGUGUGGCCGGAGGAGGUGGACGUGGCGGUUUUGGUGGUGGUUAUGGCGGCGGUUAUGGCGGCGGUUAUGGCGGCGGUGGCUUUGGGGGUGGUGGAUUUGGUGGUGGUGGCUUUGGGGGCGGCGGUUUUGGAGGUGGUGGCAUUGGGGGUGGCUUUGGGGGUGGUGGUUUUGGCGGAGGUGGUUUUGGUGGGGGCGGUUUUCCUGUUUUCCCUGGUGGCAUACAGGAAGUCACCAUCAACCAGAGCCUUCUGCAACCCCUCAAUGUGGAAAUUGACCCUGAAAUCCAAAAAAUAAAGACUCGAGAAAGGGAGCAGAUCAAGUCCCUCAACAACCAGUUUGCUUCCUUCAUCGACAAGGUGAGAUUCCUGGAGCAGCAGAACCAGGUGCUGCAAACAAAAUGGGAACUGCUGCAGCAGAUAAACACCUCCACUAGAACCUACAGCUUAGAGCCCCUCUUUGAGUCAUACAUCAGCAGCCUUAGAAGGACUGUGGACCAACUGAAGAGCGACCAAUCUCGGCUGGAUUCAGAAUUGAAGAAUAUGCAAGAUCUGGUGGAAGAUUACAGGAGCAAGUACGAGGAUGAGAUCAACAAGCGGACAAAUGCAGAGAAUGAGUUUGUGGGCAUCAAGAAGGAUGUGGAUGCUGCUUACAUCAUCAAGGUGGACCUUCAAGCCAAACUUGACAACUUGCUUCAGGAAAUUGAUUUCUUCAAAACACUCUACCAAGCAGAGCUCUCUCAGAUGCAGACUCAUAUCAGCGAUACCAAUGUUAUCCUUUCCAUGGACAACAACCGCAAUCUGGACCUGAACAGCAUCAUUGAUGAAGUCAAAAACCAAUAUGAAGAGAUUGCCCAGAGGAGCAAGGCUGAGGCUGAGGCCCUGUACCAGACCAAGUAUGAAGAGCUCCAGAUCACUGCUGGGCAACAUGGAGACAGCUUGAAAAAUACAAAGAUGGAGAUUUCUGAGUUGAAUCGGGUGAUCCAAAGACUUAGAUCUGAGAUCGACAGUGUCAAGAAGCAGAUCUCUUCGCUGCAGCAGGCCAUUAGUGAUGCCGAGCAACGUGGUGAGAACGCCAUUAAGGAUGCCCAGAGCAAGCUGAAUGAGCUGGAGGAUGCCCUGCAGAAGGCCAAGGAGGACAUGGCCCGCCUGCUGCGUGACUACCAGGAACUGAUGAACACCAAGCUGGCCCUGGAUGUGGAGAUCGCCACCUAUAGGACCCUCCUGGAAGGAGAGGAAAGCAGGAUGUCUGGAGACCUCAGCAGCAACGUGACUGUGUCUGUGACGAGCAGCAGCAUUUCUUCAAGCGUGGCCUCCAGGGCUGGGCUUGGAGGUUAUGGUUCUGGAGGUAGAGGGUCCAGUUCUGGAGGAGGAUUCAGCUCUGGAAGCAGCAGUUACAGCUCUGGAGGCAGAGGAUCUGGUUCCAGAAGCGGUGGUGGGAGUUAUGGCUCUGGAGGUGGCUCUCGAGGAGGCUAUAGUUCUGGAGGAGGAUACAGUUCUGGAGGAAAACGCAGCACUGGAGGCGGCUCCAGAGGAGGGUCCAGCUCUGGAGGAGGCGGUUAUGGCUCUGAGAGGGGUGGUUCUGGCUCAUGUGAAGGUGGCAGUUCCAGCGUGACCUUCUCAUUCAGAUAA